AUGCAUUGCCAUUUUCAAACCUCCAACUCCCUCCCCAUAGUUCCACAAUCCUCCCCUCAAUUGCCUUUCCGUCUUCCCAUUCUUCCUUUCUGCCAUCGCCGGCGACGACCACCACCCCCCCUCCGCCGCCGCCACUCCGCACUUCCACUGUCUCUUCGGGUUUCCAGUUCAGUGGGCUACCAAAUCAGCAACAGUAGCACCAGCAAAGAAGAGGCAGAGAAACUCGUUAGUAGUAAUAAGAGAGUGAGGGCGUACCCGUUUCAUGAAAUUGAGCCCAAGUGGCAGCGUUACUGGGAAGAACACAAGACUUUUAGGACCCCAGAUGAUGAUGAUCUUGAUACCACCAAGCCCAAGUUCUACGUUCUUGACAUGUUCCCUUAUCCAAGUGGAGCUGGUUUACAUGUUGGGCAUCCUCUUGGAUAUACUGCUACAGAUAUCCUUGCUAGAUUUAAACGGAUGCAAGGAUUCAAUGUCCUGCACCCAAUGGGGUGGGAUGCUUUUGGUUUACCUGCAGAACAAUAUGCAAUACAGACUGGUACCCACCCAAAAAUAACUACAAUGAGAAAUAUCGAGCGUUUCCGAGCCCAGCUUAAGUCAUUAGGUUUCUCUUAUGAUUGGGACCGUGAAAUUUCUACCACAGAACCUGAAUACUACAAAUGGACUCAGUGGAUAUUUCUGCAGCUUUUGAAAAGGGGAUUGGCGUAUCAGGCCGAAGUUCCUGUCAACUGGUGUCCUGCACUUGGCACAGUUCUUGCCAAUGAGGAAGUGGUGGAUGGUGUAAGUGAACGAGGGGGACAUCCAGUUAUUAGGAAGCCUAUGCGGCAAUGGAUGUUGAGGAUUACUGCCUAUGCUGAUAGUCUACUUGAAGAUUUAGAUGACCUGGACUGGCCUGAUAGCAUUAAGGAAAUGCAGAGAAACUGGAUAGGGAGGUCAGAAGGGGCAGAGGUGGACUUUGAUGUAAUAAUUGCUGAUGGCCAGCAAUCAAGUGAAAAAAUUACAGUUUAUACCACAAGGCCUGAUACCAUCUUUGGGGCAACGUACUUAGUUCUUGCGCCUGAGCAUAAACUUGUGUCUUCAAUAAUAUCAGAGGCCCAAAGAAAACAUGUGGAGGAGUAUGUAGAACUUGCUGCUAGAAAGAGUGACCUUGAGAGGACUGAACUUCAAAAGGAGAAGACGGGGGUUUUUACUGGUUGCUAUGCAAGAAAUCCGGUCAAUGGAGAAGCUGUUCCAAUUUGGAUUGCUGAUUAUGUUUUAGGAAGCUAUGGGACUGGAGCAAUAAUGGCAGUACCAGCUCAUGAUGAGAGAGAUCAUGAGUUUGCUUUGAAGUAUGAUAUUCCAAUUCGUGGAGUCGUGAUGCCGGAUAAUGAAAGUUUUACUGGGUUUGAAAACAAUCCUUAUUCUGGUCCAGGGACUGUGAGAAAUUCAUCAAGCUCAGCUUCAGGGCUUGAUGUCAAUGGAUUACCCAAUAAAGAGGCUGCUUUCCGCAUAACUGAAUGGCUUGAGCAAACUGGAAAUGGGAAAAGAAAGGUUAACUUCAAGUUGCGGGACUGGCUUUUUGCUAGACAACGUUAUUGGGGAGAGCCUAUCCCAGUUAUUUUUUUGGAUGAUACUGGUGAAACUGUCCCACUUCCUGAAAUAGAGUUGCCAGUUACCCUCCCAGAGUUGGAUGAUUUUACUCCAACUGGAUCAGGAGAACCACCUCUUGCAAAGGCAGCAUCUUGGGUUAUAACAUACGAUCCUUCUUCGGGGAGACCUGCUAAGCGGGAGACCAACACUAUGCCACAAUGGGCUGGAUCAUGCUGGUAUUAUCUGAGAUUUAUGGACCCAAAAAAUUCCAAAAGGUUGGUUGAUGAAGAAAAAGAAAGAUAUUGGAGCCCAGUUGAUGUGUAUGUUGGGGGUGCAGAGCAUGCUGUUCUUCAUUUACUUUAUGCUCGGUUUUGGCACAAGGUUCUUUAUGAUAUUGGAGUGGUAUCAACCAAGGAACCUUUCCAUUGUGUCAUUAAUCAAGGCAUCAUCCUGGGAGAAGUUGAAUAUAUGGCAUGCCGAGAUCCUGAUGGGAACUUGAUCUCUGCAGAUUCUGUUGAGGAGUCAACUGAGUACACUCAAGAAAAAGUUGCUGAAGAACAGGUUACAAAAUCCGGUGAUUUCUUUGUUCUUAAAGACAACCCAACCAUUCGAGUAACUGCUAGGGCUCACAAGAUGAGCAAAAGUAGGGGAAAUGUCGUAAAUCCAGAUGAUGUUGUUUUGGAGUUCGGUGCAGAUUCUCUUCGUCUAUAUGAAAUGUUCAUGGGCCCACUGCGUGACUCAAAACCAUGGAAUACGAGUGGUAUAGAAGGGGUUCAUCGCUUUUUAGCAAGAGCAUGGAGAUUAAUUGUUGGUUCACCAUUACCUAAUGGUGAUUUUAAAGAGGGGACAGUUGCAAUCGAUGAAGAACCUUCUGCAGAACAACUUCGUGCUCUUCAUAAAUGCAUAGAUAAGGUAACAUUGGAAAUCGAAGCAACAAGGUUCAAUACUGGUAUAUCUGCAAUGAUGGAGUUCAUCAAUGCUGCAUAUAAGUGGGAGAUACUUCCACGGUCAACUGCGGAGGCGUUUGUUUUGUUGCUUUCUCCGUAUGCACCACACAUGGCAGAAGAGCUCUGGUCUCGCCUGGGACACUCGAAUUCGCUUGCUUAUGAACCUUUUCCCAAGGCUAAUCCUGAAUAUUUGAAAGAAUCAACAGUCACCCUUCCGGUUCAGAUCAACGGGAAGACGAGGGGUACGAUCCAGGUGGAUAAGCAAUGCUCGGAGGACGAAGCAUUUAGGUUAGCUUGUACAGAUUCAAAACUAUCCAAAUUUUUGGAUGGUCAACGGAUAAAAAAGAGGAUUUACGUCCCGGGGAAAAUUCUAAACGUCAUUUUAGAUCUGCAAAAGGUCAAGGUUGGUCAACGGUAA